UUUCCGGGGCUGGUUUAUUCUAAUCUCUAUCGCUUUUACCCGGAAAAAACUCAGCCUGAGCGGUCACAGACACACAGACAACACAAAUGCGUGCACAGCAUGUGAGAUACAUUCAACAAGUCGUUUUUUGUUUUCCAGAAACAUGGGACGCUAACUUGUUUCGUUGUUUGAAUACGUUUGGAGUCGUUUAAGCUGCUACGUUUGGACAACGCCUUCCCCAGAGAAUAGCCUACAGUUGUAUUCGGGGUAAUGUGAGAGAGCUCCAGGAAUGCCUUAUGUCGAUCGUCAGAAUCGUAUCUGUGGCUUCUUGGACAUCGAGGAAAAUGAGAACAGUAACAAGUUCCAGAGGAGGUACUUCAUCCUGGACACUCAGGGCAACUUCCUGCUGUGGUACAUGGACAACCCACAGAAUUUACCCAGUGGAACAGACGCGGUGGGGAGUCUGCAGCUGACGUACAUCUCCAAAGUCAACGAGGCCACAGUCAAACAGAAACCCAAGACUGAAUUCUGCUUCGUUAUCAACGCCUUGUCACGACGGUAUUUUCUCCAAGCCAACGAUCCUGUUGAUCUGAAGGAGUGGGUGAUUGCCUUGAAUAAUGCCACCAAAAUCACAGUUCCAAAAGUAAGCAACAUCCAACAGAACUCAGAAAUCACCAAGGUGACAUCGGAACCCCAGGGGAAGAAGCAGCAGGCCUACAAGACUGAGAUUAUUGGGGGAGUGGUAGUGCACACCCCUAUUCACCAGAAUGACGGGGAGGAGAUGGAGGUGGCCGAGCUUGGACCCCACGCCGGUGGCCGGAGGCUGCCCAGCACGUCGGCGGGCGUCAGGCCAGGCGUGACGCGGUGCGGCUUCUGCGUCAAACAGGGAAACGUGAGGAAAAACUGGAAGAGGAGGUUCUUCACUCUCGAUGACAAUUCCGUCAGUUACUACAAAUGUGAAACGGACAAGGAGCCUCUUAGGGCUAUCUUGCUAAAAGACAUAAUGAAGGUCCACGAAUGCCUGGUCAAAUCAGGGGACUUACUAAUGAGGGACAACCUGUUUGAGAUCAUCACCAGCUCUCGAGUCUUCUACAUACAGACAGACACUCCAGGGGAUAUGCAGGGCUGGAUCAAGGCCAUCUCCGGGAAAGUUCAGGAUCUACGGGGGCCUAUAAAGGACUCCGGGUUUUCGCGUGCCUCGUCUCUGUAUCGCCAUGGCAACAGGCAGCCAGCCUCGGAGGCUCGAGGUCGGCCGACGGGCGGCGAGCCGAGGAAGAGCCUCCUGGCCAAGUCCUGCUCCGUGGCCCCGUCGUGGCAGCCCUGGACCCCGGUGCCCAGCGCAGGGGCGGGGUUUCGGGAGAUGGAGCAGGGGGAGGGUCAGUUCAGCUCCUUACCCACCCUGACCGGGGGAGCGGAGGAGGCGGAGGACGAGACGGCCGGUCGGCGCCGUCACAGGUCCCAGCCGCAGCCGCCCAGCGACAAGGUCUUCCCGUUCAACGUCGACGACGACGGCAUCCGCACCACUGAUGUGUAGAUGGGAUGGGGGGGCCGGCCCUGGGCUUGAGCUGAGAACCCCAGCAUUCCUUCUGCAGAAUUCCCUCUGCACUGCUGUCACUCUCUGUUGUCAGUUUCCUGUUGUUCCAUUCCCACUAAAAGUGACCACACCGUAAGCAGAGGCUUACUGGUUAAGCUCUGCAGGGUCCAGUUAUAGAGCAUAUUCACUCCCUUGUGGUGAGUUGUAGUACUGCACAUCUGUUAGACGAAGUGACAGUGCCUUCUGACUAGAUAGAUAGAUAGCUUUGUGAGGAAAGUGUCAAGUUAUAGUCAUAGUUCACUCUAUGGGGUUUGUCGGUAUUAAUUCAAUUUUAGUGUAAGUGAUUGAUUAGCUUUGAUUGGCCAGGACAGUUUUUGUGCAAUUAAGGAUAUUUACAGCACAUACAGGAGUUUCUGAGGACCAGCUGGUUUUAACAAUGGCAGAUACAAUGGGAGCAUUCGGCAAUAAUGAACUCCAAAAAGCAGCUUGUACAGCCAUGUUUCAUUUCUAGAAGUUGUACCUUUGAAUAGAUUAAUAUUAUAACACGUAUUCACGAUUAAAAAUGUAAAUAUCAAAUUUUAAAAUCACGCUGGUACUUGUUUCCUUCUCGGUGGCACAAGUUCUUCGCUCCCAAGGAUCUGGAUAUGUUGAUAUAGGAAGCUGCACCACAAUUUCCUUGACUGUAGUGAUCUCAGGUUGCAUGUGCCAUAAGAAAGAGUUCCAACCAAAAAUUGAGAAUUAUCAGGUAGCGUACACACAUACAAUCUCUGGAGGCAUAACUUUGCUGUACAAAGUGUUUCUGAGUUACGUGAAAUGUAUUUUCUCAUCAGAAACUUAAACUGUAGGUGAAUAUAUAAAAUAUCAUACAAUGCACACUCAAACUUCCUGAGCCUAUCAAAUCAAUACACUAUAACUGAAUUAAUAUUUUGAAAACCCCAGAAAGUGAGGUCUUGCUUUAAAAUUGAAAUAUUUCAGGUGUACCACUGUACAUUUUAACAAAAGUGGUUGUAAUGGUACGUAAAUGAAGGAUGGAUGUAGGAGAAAGUAUUUGCUGUGCUAGGCCGACUCAGAAAAAAUCCCCACAUUAUUUACCCAGCAGCAUCCGCAGUCUAUGAAACAGCAUUCUUUAUUUUACUCAAAUCUUCUGAGAAGAGAUAUUUUAUCUUAUACUUUAGUGUAGCUAGUUUUUAAGGUACUGUUUCUGCCAAACCUUUUUGUAGAUAAUCCUGCUUUUGACACUUGAAAAUGUUUGUGGAUAGGCAUGUUGGACUUUGGGAUGGUAAACACAAUUUAGAACGGUUUUCUUUAUACAUACGAUGUCAUCGCUACACCAUGAUUGUGAAUUGCCAAUUUGCCAUUAUAUUGAGACCUGAACUUGAAGGAGAAUGCAUAUGUUCAAAUCCCCCCCCCCCAAUGUAAACACUGUAACAAACAAACAUUUCUGAAGUUAAAUAGGCAAACCAGUGCAAAACAGCAGGUUUUAGCCUUCCUUGUGUUUAGUGUUUUUUUUAUUACUUUGGCCUGCAUGAGUUCUACUGUCCAGAUAUGCUAAACAAUAAUGUUAAUUACAUUUCAGUUAGUUAUUUGAUGUACACUGCCUGUAACAAGCCAUAUUGAUUAUGCACAUUUUUGUUUCAGGAAACUGACACAUUUUUGCUUUUCUUUGUUUGACACAGAAAACUUGCCAUUUUUCACUCAUUUUCUUUACAGGGGUUUAUUUUCAUCAACAAUAUAAUGUAACAUAUCAUUAUCAUUCAGAAGCAGUUACAGUUUGAAAAUGACUUUUAUUGUAGCUGAAUUCCGUGUAUUGCAAAGCAGUUUUUGCAUCUUUCUGGCAUUACCACAGGGAUAACCGAGUCCAGAAUGAUAUUCUCGAUAUCUGCACAUUGUGUACCUCUUUGGUUGGCUGCAUUUUCUCACAAAGCAUUAUAAAUCUUAUCAGGUGUGUGCAAAUAUAAUUCAAGCAAUUUUAUUAUUCACUGCCCAUAAAAAUGUAUUUGUGAGCAUAGCAAGCGCAGGACCAAAGAUCAUCUUCCCUAAUAUAGCUACAGGAAAUUUGGAAGUAAUGCUUUCAUUUGGCAUCAUUCUUCCAUAUACCAUCCAUUGAAAACAUUUUGGUUUUAAGUAACAUGAUUUGUCAUGAAAAUGAUCUUCUAACUGAAUUGAGUUCAAUGUACAGGCUUGUUUGAGUUUUGUGUUUGGUGGUUAGAACAUGGAAAAGCCGCCUUAUUUACCUACACAUCUAAUCAUAAUAUGUCUUGGAAGCUCAAGAGGUAAUGUUGAACAGUUGCAUUUUUUGAAAGAUAAUAUAAUACAUUUAUACAAUUGGGAAAAUUCAUUUCAAAUUUACCUUAAUUAACCAGAUGAAGUAAAGCAAAUAAGUGAUAUCAAUUUAAACUGGUUAAUAUGUAAUUUAGAGGACAUAUCACACACAAACUGAAUGUAUGAAUAGUCUUCCUUCCAUUGAGUAAAUUUUCCCUUUUCACGUUAGGCUUCACCUAGCUGAGGUAAAAAUGUGUGUGUUUUCUAAGCACAAUUUAAAUCUUUUUAUAUUUGAAUAUCUUCUUAUUUAGAAUGUUCUGAUACAGAGACAUCAGUCAAUAUUGUUUUUCUGAGCAGUCAAACUUGUAAGCUUUUAAAUGCUGAAAGAUUAUUACAAUUAUUCAAAAAGAAAUGCAAUGUUAGAGUGAACUCAAACAAGGAUACAAACUGAUUAUUUUACUUUGUGGUACCUCUUGAAUGUAUCUGGUGAUAACCUUGAAUUAUGAUGCCAAUUUUGUGCAAAGCCAUAAUUAACAACUAUAUUUGCAUGGCAUUAUGCCCUAUACUGAAAAUAAUAUUCAAACUUUCUGCAAUGUGAAAUAAUAAAGAUGUGUUUGUUCUUAU